AUGUUCAGACAUAGCGUGGGCCAUGGUGGAAUGUGCUUCAUGUGGCCAUGGAGCUUGGCAAUUGUGCUCACCUUCCCUGCCAUGGCAGCUAUAGUCCCCAGCACCGACAGCUGUGAAUCUUUGAGCCACUGCUCGCCCUCAGAGUGUCCGGUGGUGGGAAAUUCACCAUGCACCUUCACCGAUCCGGGCAUUGAUUGGACGGAGCUGAUUGGAAGCGUUUCAUGCAAGGCGUGCACACAGAGUUCUGAUUCCAGGUGCUCAACGGCUGGCCUGCAAGAAGUCUUUGAUACCGAUUCGACCUCUGCCGUGAAAGCUAUGUACUGUAACGAUAACUUCCUGGUGGUCUGGUCCGCUGGCAAACCUUCCAGCGAUGCCACCCUGGCAGCAAUCCCCAGACCACCGGGCGGCGGCGGAGGCGGAGGCUAUGAGAACGAGUGCGUGACCAGGUCGACCAUCGAACAAUCGCAGACCUACAAGAUCCCACUGACGCCACCCACAGACGAAGCUUAUGAAUGGACCCCGAACCCACCGGCCGGUGCCAGCGGUGUGGGGAAGAAUGGCAUCCCAUUCUACCCAGGAUUGGACAACGGUGGCCACUGGGUCUGGGACGUCUGCGAGGCCGAUAAGUGCAACGCGCACGUCGGCCGCGGCGGCGACUAUCACUACCACGGCGAUCCCAUGGGUACGUCUUGCGUGUACAGCACGGAUGCCUAUAGCAACAAUGACCCCCACAGCGUGAAGAUUGGUUACGCCUUGGAUGGCUACCUGAUCUAUGGCCGCUAUACAGCUUCCGGGCAACCAGGCAUCGAUGUCGAUUUGGACCUUUGCGGUGGUCAUGAACACGAUUCUUUGGGAUACCACUACCAUCCCAGUGUUGAAUCUCGGACAGGCUCCAGUGUGAUGGUCACUGGCACCUACACGGCUUACUACUUAGGACCCAAGAAGUGCUUCAAGGGCAAGGUCAGUAGCAUCAACAACUUCUACGCGGAUGCGACGAAGCCUUAUACCCAAGGUGGCACCGAUGUGGGACAACCCAACUACGACAACACGCUGAAACAGUAUGACGUAAGCUCACGAAGCGACUACGAAGAUCUGAAGCCUUGCUGUUCCAUGACCAACUCCUGGGCAGCCACAGGCAUCAGCUUCGACCAGUCCGGCAACACGGGAAAGGAUGGGACCACUGGCACUGCCAGCGGCGGUGGUGGCACCGGUGGCACCAGUGGCACCGCUGACAAGCUCGGAACCUGCAGUGGCACGGAUAACAAGGGCAAGGCUUGCCCUCCGGACUACGAUGCGGAGCGACCAUGCGACCAUGCCCUCCAGGCUGCACGAGCAGCCCAUAUUCCUCAACCACUGGGAACGCUGGAUCUGGUGGAACCACGGUGCUCCAGCGACCUGGACCUCACAGGAAGAGAACUGACCUGUGGCCAGGCGGAGUAUCCGGCGGGGCAAAACGAGGGCGCCGACGCCACCAUCGCUUGCAGCUCGGGCAGCAUCGAAUGCUUCGUUUUCGCCUCGGUGGGUCUGGUGGGCGGCAGCUGCAGCGGCGACCCCUUUGCGGAGGAUCCCAACGAUCAGUGGGCCUACAUGCCGUUGAGCGUUGGCAACGCCUGUGUUGGUCAGAGCUCCUGUGCUGUCUCAGUGGGCGAUGGCACGUUGAAUGGCCAGGCCACCAGUCCUUCUACGGCUGGCUACGCGAAGAGUAAAUUCAAAGGCAUUGCUUUGUGCUCCACAUCCUCUGCAUCCGUAUCCACCUCUGCAUCCAGCGGGGCCAGCGUUUCGACGACCGGGUCCAGCAGCGUUUCGGAAGCACCGAGCUCAACGACGGGGUCCAUGGAGUCUACGACAGGCACUGAUGCGGAGGAUGGCGAGAGCACUGGGACCACGACCAGAGACAAAUUGGUGACAUCAGCUGGACAAAGUUUCCAGUUUUUGGCCUCAAUGGUGGUUGCAACCCUGGCAACCCUGUCUGUAGCAUGCCGGGCCUUAGGGAUGAUCCACGCCGUUCCAAAAGCCGUUCCAAAAGCCGUCAACGAGACCCUGAGGGUGCGAGCUGGGAUUCCCAUAGACCCGGAAACCCUGGCAAGGUCGCAGCUGUACAAACCUGAAUUGAAGAUGAUCAAGCGACUGGUGGGGCACCAAUUGAUCCAGCAGAACCGGUUGAUGUGGGACGAGAUUUUUUCCUUGCGGCAGAUGCUGUCAGACUUCAAAGACCAGAAUGACGAGCUGUGCAAGGGUCGUCGGCAACAUGCCGACCUUUGCGAUACGCAGCACCGGGAACUUUUGAAGCGACAGGCGCAUUUGUUGCUGAACGAGCUCCGGGCAAAGGCGACGGCCUGCGGACAUGCCUUGGAGGACAUGGUUCCGGAACUCCGUGGCUCGGAGAUCUAUCGCUACCUCAUCAAGGAGGACGUGAAUGGCGCUCCCCCGGCCACGCCCUCCACACGGCCCUCCACCGCUUCAACCAGAUCUUGCACCACCCCGGACUUGAUGCAGAAUCUGGCCACACUCCCAGCGUUGCCAAUGGGCAAAGCUUUAGGAUUAGAUGACCUGGAUGAUGUGGCAUCGGGCAUCAGGGAGGCUCUGGAAGCAGAGCAUCAGUGGCUUCUAGCGAUCAUCGAGGAGGAGUACCAGUUCCUCUCCUUCGAAGAGCAGCGCCGAGUGGCUGCAACCGGGAGUCGAUGGGGGGAGCCCUCCACAGCAGAACUGAAGCAGUUCCUCCAUAGGCUGCAGGAGAUCGCUAGCUCCCCCAGCCUCCGCACCCUGUCCUUGACGGAGGGCGGUUCCAAAGCCGACGCUCCCUCGCUGGGGGGUGCGAACAUUCGACGCUUGCAGGCCUUGAUCUCUAUGAGGCGACAUGGUGGCUUCCUGCAUACCGUGGAGGAGAACAACUCCGUUCCGGAUCCUUCGGCGGUGACCUUUGGGCCAACAGUGAUCGGCCCCAACAGUCAAGAGUUUGAUCCCUUCUUCGGCGACCCCAUUUGA